ACAAACCGCACCGUCACGAAACAGCAUCCUUCGCAAGGGCAUCUCCGCGCAGUCGCAUACAGUCUACGAUGCCCUCCGUCUCCUCCGGCCACGCGCUGGACCUGGAAAAGUUCCUCAAAUCGCUCAAGGGCCAGCCAUUGGAGGCUUCCAUCAACAGCUUGAUAUCCCUCCUCAAGCGAAGACAGAUCAAGGGAUCCGAGCCCUGCGCCGUCGCCACCGCCCACAUCCUCCUCCAGGUCGUCGCCCGCUCAAAAUGGCACGACGUCGACAGCCUCCUGAUCAACGUGUCCCGGACCGGCCGUAAGCUGGUCGACGCCCAGCCCAACGAGCUCGUCAUUGGCAACAUUGUGCGCCGCGUCCUGGGCCUGAUCCGCGACGAGGCGUCCGAGGACCGAGGCGACGCCGGCGACGAGUCUGCGAGCGAUGCGCCGACCCCGACGGACAUUGUGCCGCCAGCAGCCACCAGCCAGCAGUGGGCGACAAGACGCCUCGACUCGGCCAACAGCGCAGCCCCGGCGGCGCGUCCCCCGAUUGUCUCGUCCUACAGCUCCAUCAACCCGCCCAAAUCGCUCUUCCACCUGCUGUCGACCUCUCCGCCCGCCGACGGAGACGUGUCGCCGUUUCGAAACUCGGGAGCCUCGACGCCGACGUGGAGGGGCAACUCGAGCCAGAUCCACGCGCUGCGCUCCGAGGUCAUUGACGGCAUCGAGGAGAUCAAGGACGAGAUCAGCCAGGUGGACGACCAGAUCGCCGCCUCGGCAGAGGUGCAGAUUCACCCGGGCGACUUGGUGCUGGUCCACCAGCCCUCGACGACGGUGGAGCGCUUCAUCCUGCGCGCGGCUCAGAAGCGCAAGUUCACGGUGCUCAUCGCCGUGGCGCCGCCGAGAAGACACUCUGCCGAAGGCCAGCACGCGACGUUUAGGAAGAAGCUGUCGGCCGCGGGCAUCACAGUGGUCAACGUCAUGAACGGCGGGCUGAUGGCCUACAUGUCCCGCGUCAACAAGGUCAUCAUCGGGGCGAGGGCGAUUGUGGCCACCGGAGGGGUCGUUGCCGACGCCGGCGCGGCAGCCAUUGCCCGGGCCGCCAAGGAGCAGGGCACCGCCGUGGUCGUGCUCAGCGGCGUGUACAAGCUGAGCCCGGAGAGCCCCUUUGACGAGAGCUCGCUGAUUGAAUGGGGCGACUCGUCGACCUUUGUGAGCUUUGCGGAUGGCCCGCUGGUGAGCGGCGCGGAGAUUCGAACCGCGCUCACCGAGCUGAUUCAGCCCGAGCUCGUCGACACCUACAUCACCAAUCUGGGCACACAUUCGCGCGACCACCUAUCGAGCUUGAUCUCAGACCACUACAAGCGAGAAGAUGCCGACUUUCACAUCUGGGAGGAGGCUGAGCCGUGA